CAAGUCCAACCUCCAAAGCGGCAGACGCGUCUUUUUGCCUUAAUCGAAAGUCUUGUCCUAAACUGAAAUGUAAAUCCACAUUUCAUGAGUGAAUGCCUUAAAUUGGAUUGGGAGUUUAGGACAGUGGUAGCGAGAUACGCGCGACAAGAAAACACUGCCCUUUUUACUGCAUUUUUUUUUUAAUAGCUUUAAGGACAAAAAAAAUUUAAUUCCAUUUGGGCUGCUCAUUAGACUUAUUCUCAUCUGGUCAUCACCUUGAUCUCAUCAAGAUCUCAACUUUUUCUUAUCUUACUUGUUGUUGUUGUUGUUGUUGUUGUUGUAUUACGCUUUAAUUUCCUACCGGCCAAGCGCCGUUUCCAUUUCUCUUUGUAGUCUUUCCAGUCUAGUAAGUUGUAACUUCUUUCUUGGCUCAUCUGAUCAGUUUCAUCUUCUAUUGGCUUAAUGGUUGACAUUUCUGGGUUGUGAUUGCAUAUGCUAUUCCUUCAAGUUUAUAUCUUCCUUAUUCUUGUAUUCAAUUUGUGCGUUGCCAGUGGAUGUAGAUGGGAAAGUAAACUUUAAUACCAUAAUAACUAGUAGAAUUCUAAGAGUUGCUGUCAUAAGUCAUUUCUUAUGAAAUAAAAAGGCUUUCCAGUACACAGACUUUGGAUAGCAACUUGGAGUUGAUUGGGUCUUUUUAAUUUUCCUUGACUUUGUUGGGGUUUCCUGUUUUCUGGAGUGCAGUCAAAGUUGUUAGGUAGAUCCUUAUGGUCCUGGGGAGCACAGAGUUUGCCCUCUGUAAAUUUUUUUAGAUCUUAUACAUGUUUGAUUGGCUGAGGCACCAAUAAUCUCAAGAGGGUUAGAUAAGAAAUGGGGAAUACUUGUGUUGGACCUAGCCUCUCCAAAAAUGGUUUCUUGCAGUCUGUUUCUGCUGCAAUGUGGCGAACUCGAUCCCCGGAUGAUAUGGUAGGUAAUAUUGAAAGUGUCCACACUGAAAGUGAGACUCCUACUGCUACUGGCAAAGAACCAGAAUCCCCUCUGCCUGUCCAAAGCAAGCCACCAGAACAAGUCAAGAUUCCUGGACCAGAAGUGGAAUUAAAGCCUGAACCAGAACCGAAAGAAGAGAAACCGGCCAAGGCUAAGGUGCCCCGGCCUGUGAAGAGGGUUCCAAGUGGGUUGAAGGAAUCAGUUCUGCAAACCAGAACUGGUAAUUUGAAGGAAUUUUAUAGUUUGGGUAAGAAAUUAGGACAAGGUCAGUUUGGAACUACAUUCCUUUGUGUGGAGAAGGCCACAGGAAAGCAGUACGCUUGCAAAUCUAUUGCCAAAAGGAAGUUGUUGACGGAUGAUGAUGUCGAAGAUGUUAGACGGGAAAUUCAGAUAAUGCACCAUUUGGCAGGCCAUCCUAAUGUGAUUUCAAUUAAAGCAGCUUAUGAGGAUGCGAUUGCGGUUCAUGUUGUGAUGGAGUUCUGUGCAGGAGGUGAACUUUUCGAUAGGAUUAUUCAGCGUGGGCAUUAUACUGAAAGAAAGGCAGCUGAGCUUACAAGGACAAUUGUUGGCGUUGUAGAAGCUUGUCACUCGUUAGGGGUGAUGCAUCGUGAUCUGAAGCCUGAGAAUUUCCUUUUUGUAAAUCAGAGGGAAGAUUCCCUUCUCAAGACAAUUGAUUUUGGCUUAUCCAUAUUUUUCAAGCCAGGGGACAAAUUUACCGACGUUGUUGGCAGUCCAUAUUAUGUUGCUCCUGAAGUCCUUCGAAAGCGUUAUGGUCCUGAAGCGGAUGUCUGGAGUGCUGGAGUGAUUGUCUACAUUCUACUAAGUGGUGUACCUCCUUUCUGGGCUGAAUCUGAGCAAGGAAUAUUUGAACAAGUCUUGCAUGGAGAUCUUGACUUCGCGUCUGAUCCCUGGCCCAGUAUUUCUGAAAGUGCAAAGGAUUUGGUGAAGAAAAUGCUUGUUAGAGACCCUAAGAGGCGUCUAACAGCACAUGAAGUCCUGCGCCACCCUUGGGUUCAAAUUGAUGGUCUUGCUCCUGACAAACCCCUGGACUCUGCAGUUCUAAGCCGCAUGAAACAAUUCUCCGCCAUGAACAAGCUAAAGAAAAUGGCUUUAAGAGUCAUUGCAGAUUCAUUGUCUGAAGAAGAAAUAGCUGGACUGAAGCAAAUGUUUAAGAUGAUAGAUGCAGAUAAUAGUGGGUCAAUCACUUUUGAAGAGCUCAAAACUGGACUACAACGUGUUGGUGCCAAUCUUAAUGAGUCCGAGAUUUAUGAUCUAAUGCAAGCUGCUGAUGUGGAUAACAGUGGAACAAUUGAUUAUGGGGAGUUCAUUGCAGCGACAUUACAUCUUAACAGAGUUGAAAGAGAGGACCACCUGUUUGCUGCUUUCAACUACUUUGACAGGGAUGGAAGUGGUUAUAUUACGGCAGAUGAACUUCAACAAGCAUGCAAGGAAUUCGGCAUGGAUGAUACCAGCCUGGAUGAUAUGAUCAGAGACGUUGACCAAGAUAAUGAUGGACGCAUUGAUUACAAAGAGUUUGUGGCCAUGAUGCAACGAGGAAAUCCCGUUGCUGGAGGUGGUAGGAGAGGCCUAGAGGAUAGCAUCAGCAUUAAUUUCAGGGAAGCCUUUAAACUAUAGAACACCAGGCUGCAGAAAGGUUUAAUCCUUCAAUUCUUUCAUCAAUUUUCCCACGGAUGUUUUAAGAUGAACAAUUAUUACGGUCUCCAUGUAUUACAGAGUGUACAGUAGGAAAUAUAAUCCGAGCAAUUUUCUAGUUGCUGCCAGGUUUUAGCUUCUGUUGGUUGUGCUGUAUACAGCUUUUCUUUUAUACUGCCCACAACACCCUUAAAAAAAAAAAAAUCUAAAAACAUGUUUUUCUAAAUUAUACGAUCUGACUAUUGGAAGGUGGAUAUGUGGUUGGCAUUGUUAUAUUGCUUCAUCUGUUAUCGCUUGUGUAUUGGGAGCCGUUGUUGAUUGAGAUGAGAGGGAAACUAGGAAUAGAAUGCUUUCAAGCAUGGACGAUAAUCGGUCAGUCACAGGAACUAACUUAGUCCAGACUGAAUUUGCUGUAGAGAGUGCAGAUUGGUUGAAUUUGCAAUUGCAUUUUUGAGGGAAAAAGGCAAAGUUUGUGUGACAUGGAUCAUAAUCCUUGAAAUGCCGUCUGGAUAUUCCUUUUUUUUUUGUGG